AUGCGAUUAUUAUUCUUAUUAUUAUUCCUCUUUGUGUUUCUCACACUUCCUUCUGUGUUAUUCUCUAUUCCACUUCCCUCUCAUGGAUACACUUCUCACACACGUCAGGACAGUAAUUCUAUUGAAAAUACGGAUGAGACUCCUACACUUGUGAAUGACUGGAAUACAUUGAAUGCGAAUAGUCUGAACAGACGGAGUGUUCCGUUCGCAUCUUUACAUAAGACGUAUAAUGAUUGGGAUCUAUUUAACUCAACGGAAAUGUUUAUUGCGGCGGUGAAGAGUGAAUGUCCACGUGGAUUCGCACGAGUGGAAUAUGUGGAGACCGGCAUUGUGGAGUGUGUAGACUGCACUCGUGAGAAUAAAGUGGUGGGUAUCUUUCCGUACACCAAUCACUCCCAACGCUGUCUCCCCUGCGGUGGAGAGAAGAUGUAUGUAGAUAUGAUAGAUGCCUUCUACAAGACUGAUCGUCAACAGUGUGUAUGUCCUAACGGAUAUGAAUUGAUUGAACAGAUUGGAUCACAAUUGUUAUCUUCUCAAAUGUGUUUUCCUUGUCCUUCUAAGGAUUGUACCACUUGUCACUAUCCAUAUAUGAAAGGAAAAAGUGGCCAUUGUGUUUGUUUAAAUGGAUUUACCACUUUAUAUGAUAACUCCUGUGUUCCUACAGAAGUGUAUGAAAAUAUUACAAGAGUUGCAGUUGGUGCUUCCACAUCAUUACAACUUUUAAACAUAGAUAAUAAAGGAAUUCCUGGACCAAUUAUAAAUUCUGUACUCGUCAAACGUUAUUCUAAUGGAUCUGCCGUACAAUGUUCUCGUGGAAAUGAAGUCGCAUGUAAUUUUCUGGCCAAUAUGUGUGUGUUAAUGAUGUAUAAUGAGAAAUCAUUACCGUGUAAAUUAUAUCUUUCACUCUUUAACGCGAAAAUACCUCCGAAAAAUAUACCAGAACUUUAUCUUAAUGAUUCCAAUAGUAAUAGUAGUAGUCAUACUAUGAAUACUAUGAAUACCACUUUAAUGCCUUUUUAUAGUAAUGAUACUACAGAUGUAUUAAAUUUCGUAGUGAAUGUUUAUGAUUGGAAAGGGAAUUUAAAAGGAACUCAUAGAGUUGUGAAUGAAUUUAACUUGUGUCGUAUUUCAGAGACUGAGGCCGUUAGUUUUUUAAAAUUAGGAUCUAAUCGAAAGUUACGGUGUUCACUGGAUUGGUAUUUUAGUCAACUUUAUAAGGCCGCCCCAACAGAUUUUUAUGAACUUUAUUUAAUUAAUCCAAGAAAUCCAUUACAUUUAAUUUCAGUUCCUGUUAUUCUAAACUACGGUCAUGAUGAUAUUUCUCCUUUACACAUGGGAGAUAUGGAGUCUUUUCGUAUCUUAUCAGGAAACUAUAGACGUCGUUUUUAUGUAUAUGAUAAUAUUGGGACUAUGGAAGAGAAAUCUAAUUAUGAUAAUGAUAAGGAUAAUGAUAAAAAACAUUAUUUAACAUCACUUCGUCAAGUGACUUUUGUUUUUCUGACAAAUAGUCCAAACAUACAAAAUCAUUUCAUUACCCCUAUUGUUUUAUUACAAUAUACUUCUAAAUUAUUGGAUGCCAAUACUACAUCCUUAUCAUUAUUAUUAAAAAAACAAUCGGAGGAAGUUCCUAUACAAGGUGGGGUAUCGGUGGUAUUUUUAACAAGUGUGAAAUCUGUAAAUCAGGGAAUGAUGAUUACAAUGAUUAUUUUAUGCGUUUUAUGUUUUAUCUCUGCAUGGAUUCGUACCUAUAGUUGGAUGCGAAGGAGACAAAAUAUGAUAUUAAGUUUUGGUGCUAUUAUUCGUUUUUUAGUAUAUCUCUGCAAUCAUAUAGGAAAUGUGUUUGCAAUUACAGUUUCAUUGGCAACAUGGUAUAUAUUCGCCAUUCAUCAAGCCCAUUAUGAUGGUUUAACUUUUUUAGCAUAUGAUAGAUAUAUAUAUAUUGAUGCUAUGCUUUUUACAGCUACGAUAACUAAAGGUAUUGCUGUUAUUUAUAAAAUAAUAGAACAAUGUAAUGCGGAUUAUUUUGUAAUUGAUUGGGAACGAAGUAAAGGACAAUUAUUACGAGAAAAUAGAAUUCUUCCUGUUAGUAUGUGGAGAUCUACUUUUCUGGCAAAUGAAUUAAGUGAACUUCAAACACUUCGUCGAUGGCGACCACUUCUUAGUAUGACUAUUGUAUUACUUUUCCUUGUUGGAUUAGAUUACUUAAAGUAUACAAUGAGUAUUCCAGCAGGAGAAAAUAAUCCCUCAAUAACAGAGAACAUUGGAGUUUACUCCAUCACAACAUUACGUAUAGCUGUUAGUACAUUCUUUUGGUUUAGUGUUUGUUUGGCACUUUAUUUAAUGGAAUAUUGUAUUUAUUAUAAAUUCUUUUGUGUUCAUCCACUGCAGGCAUUUGUGGAUUUAUGCUCAGUUUCUAAUAUCUCUAUAAUGAUAUUACCCGAAUCUCAAUGGGGAUAUUAUAUUCACGGUGAGUCUAUUCACGCCCAUGCCGAUGUGAGUAUGGAAGAAUUUCAACAAAACUUAUUUCUCGAGUCGCAGGGGAAUUUACCCGUUCGUGGACUUGGCGGUCAAAGUAAAUGUCAGACAUUUGAAGUUUUUAUGGGCAUUGGCACUCGACAAUAUCUCUUUAUGUGUUAUAGUGAGAUUGAGACGGAGCGGCAACGAUCUCUUGGGAAGGGAAUGGUGUUUGUAAGGCCUGGAAAACAAUGGCAUUUCUUUCAAUCUAUUUUUGGUUUCUCACGUAAAUCUCGUGUGUACAACUCAGAGACAUUGGCAAUAAAGAAACGCAUUAAUAGUGCCUUACAGCAAAGUGUUCGAAGUGCAGAGAGUACACUAUUGAUGAAGUUUCCUUUACAACGUUUGUUUGAUUUAGCUCCAAAUAUUUUAUAUAUGAAUGGACCUCAAUCCGGUGAUAGAAUGUGUAAGGAUCUCUUUUUUGUAGAUGAUGUUAAGGCAUACGGUAAUGCUUUUCUCUAUGGUAUUGAUAUGGAUUUAUUUGUUUUUUACACUAUGCUUUAUGUUUCUAUAGAUGCUGCUAUGCAUAAUGUGUUUGCCGCUUUUGUGAUUACGUUUGCUUUGGAAGUGGUGAUUCGCUGGUAUAGAGGAACUGAAGGUGUGGUGAAUAUUAGUUCAAAGACACUCAUAGAUGAUCGUUUCUUUAUAUAA